AUGAGUACGAGAUUUGUGACACAGAGUUUGAAGGGUAUCGUGGGCUCGCUCUUGAGAAACAGGGUCUCCUUGAAAGCCCAGAGUGUAUCUCUCGAUGUUCCAGCUGCUCCAACUGCUAUUCCAUUGAGAGAGAUUAUUGUCAAAUUGCCAAGUUUGUUUCCCCGAUCCUUUGGAGACUCUGUUAGAGAUUACAGGGACCUUUGUCGUCAUACGGAUGAGAAGUUUCAGAGAGACUUGUUGGCAACUUUGCCUUUUUAUGGCGAAGGAGAUUUGCAUAGGAGGUCAGAAGUUAUUCGAACCAAGGUUGAUGACGAGGGAAACUAUAUUAACGAAUUCUACAUAAUGCCAAAGAAUGCUUCAGUACCUCGGGAUCGUCUGAAACAUCUUGUCUUUAUUCAUGGGUAUGGUGCAGGUCUGGGGUUUUUCCUAAAGAAUUUUGAAAAUAUACCUUUACUCAAUAACGAGUGGUGUAUUCACGCUAUAGACCUUCCUGGAUAUGGGUUCUCUUCCCGCUGUAAAUUUCCAUUCCAGUAUCCAAAGGAUACAGUUACUGAUGUGCACGAAUGGUUCCACAAACGGCUUAACCGGUGGUUUGCUGAGAGGAACCUGCUGCGGAAUCCAGAAAAUAAUAUCGUUAUGGCACAUUCUUUGGGUGCAUACUUGAUGGCUCUAUAUGCGUCAAAGAAUUCAUCGCAUUUCAAGAAACUGGUGAUGUGCUCGCCAGCGGGGAUCUGUGAAUCUACAACCACGAAAGCCAUUGGUAAUCGCAAGCCACCGUGGUGGUACUCGAAGCUUUGGGAUCGGAACAUAUCCCCUUUCUCGCUCGUUAGAGUUUCUUCAAGGCUCGGUUCCAAAUUGACCAGUGGUUGGUCAUACAAGAGGUUUGGCAAGCUACUGAGGAGCAAAAGCAGAAAAAGCGAACAGCAGUUUGAAGCUCUACAUAAGUACUGUUAUUCGAUCUUCAACAAACCUGGAUGUGGAGAAUACCUGUUGAGCUUUGCGCUGCGUUGUGGAGGUGACCCCAGGAUUCCACUCGAAGACAUGUUGUUCAAGACAAAUGAUAGCGGAAUUAUGAACGGAAACUUGGAAUGGCUAUGGCUUUAUGGUGAGAGAGAUUGGAUGGAUUUUAAUGGUGGCAAGCGGGUCUCUGAGCAUCUAAAGAAAUCGGGCCAAAAAAGUGAAGUUUGCAUUGUACCUAAUGCUGGUCAUCAUUUGUAUUUCGACAACUAUGAUUAUUUUAACAGUCUAAUAAUUCGUGAGAUGAAAAGUAUGUAA